CGAAGAGACAUGCGCACAGAGUAGACGCUCUGAGGAACGCACGCCGAAAACCAUUAAAUGACACUAAACACGUGCAGCUGGAAAGGAACGAGGGAGCGAGUGAGCGAGAGAGAGAGAAAUCUUUUUUUUUUCGCCAGUUGAGUCGCACGUUGCAGUGGAGUGGGUAAACAAUCUCGAAGUGGCGUCGACCCUCCGCACGCACGCACGCACGCUCGCUCCACGAUGAGGCUGGGAAGCAUCAUUUUAUUCGUGGCUCUCUGCUCCUUGAGCGCAUAUUAUGUUUAUGAGCCCAUUCCCGAGGAUAUAGAGGAGAGAUGGAAACUCAUGCUGACCAACACUUUCUUCAGAAGUCUCAGCCACCUGGCGGACUUGAGUGAGUUAGUUGGUCUGAAGGACUACAUGGGAGUGAUGUAUAUCAUAACUUUGAUUGAAAACAUUGCUCCCGUUUCUGACGAGCACAUCAACGUGACGGUGGAGAAAUUCGACGGGGUUGAGGUGGUGCUUUACCAACCGAAGCAUCAAAGCGGCAACACAGAACUCAGGAGGGCCAUCAUAUACCUGCACGGCGGAGGAUGGUGUCUGGGGAGCUCUCGCAUGGGUCCUUAUGAUCUCCUUGCCAGAAAAGUAGCCACUGAGCUGAAUGCAGUAAUUCUCUCAGUAGAGUACCGUCUUGCCCCUGCUCACCACUUCCCAGUUCCAUAUGAGGAUGUAUAUCGCGUGGUCAAACACUUUCUCCAGAUAGGGGUGCUCGCCCAGUUUUCUGUGGAUCCAGGACGCAUUGCAGUGUCUGGAGACAGUGCUGGGGGGAACCUGGCAGCCGCUGUCUCCCAACAGUUACUGAAGGAGCCAGCACCAAAGGUUCAGUUGAAAGCCCAAGCCCUCAUCUACCCUGUGCUCCAGGCAUUGGACCUGAACACGCCAUCUUAUCAACAGAAUCAAGACAUGCCCAUUUUGCCGCGCACCCUCAUGGUACGAUUUUGGAGUGAGUACUUCACAAGCGACAAGGCCUUUUUCCGAGCCAUGAUGGCCAACGCCCACAACAACCCCGAGUCUUCCAGCCUGCUGAAGUUCGUCAACUGGAGCGCCUUCCUCCCUGAGACGUAUCACAGAAAAUACAAUUACAGUGCUCCUGCCGUGGGGCAGGGGGAGGCAGGGCAAGCGUUUGGAACCAGUGGACCAUCUCAAUCUUUAGCUGACCCUAGGGCCUCCCCUCUGCUGGUUCCGGACGCAGCCUUGCGCUCUCUACCAAAAGCCUACAUCCUGACAUGCGAGUACGACGUCCUCCGAGAUGACGGGAUCAUGUACGUCACGCGUCUUCGUGCCGCCGGCGUGGAAGUGACGCAUGAACACUACGACUCGGGAUUUCACGGAGCGCUGAUGUUCACAGUGUGGCCGAUGGACUUCCUCAUUACACACCGCAUGAUGAGCAACUACGUGAAAUGGCUCAAGGAAAACUUGUAAAAGAACACUCGACAAACAUUUAUUCAAGUGUUGCUGACUCCAAAUUCUCAAUUUGAAUUUUGUCUUUGUAAAUACAGUAUAUUAGGAAAUAUCUCUAGUGUAUUUGUCACUUUUUUGACAUUGUAAUAUUAUGAAUACAUAUAGUAUUUUUUUUCAUGAACAAAACAUUGCUCUGGAAAGAGGACUGAAAAGUAUCUGAGUUGACAUUUUGUAGCGCAUUUUCACGAGAUUUUCACGAGAUGCUGCUUUGUUUUCUCCACCACCCACAGGAACUUUGACCUGAUUAGAAUGUCCGUUGCAUUAGUAUCACUGUAUGGCUAAUUGUGUUUGGACACAGGGCCAUUUUUGCAUCCAGGAAGUGAAGGUGGAAUUGCACUUUUGCAUCUGUAACAGCUUCCACUCUUCUGGGAAGAAUAGGAAUUUGUCCAUUCAUCCAGAAGAACACCAGUGAGCUCAUACACCACUGACUCUGAACCAGCUGGCUCAAAAUCUCUGUUCUAAUUUAUCGUAAAUUUGGUUGAUAGGAUUAUUCUAUACCCAACUCAUCUGAGAAUGCGUUUAUGGACUUUACUUUGUACACGGGAUGGGACAUGUGAGGACUUGGGAUUCUUCAGAGUCAUGGUCCCAUGUAAACUUCAACAGAUUCCCAAAGGUGUCUACCCCAGGGCCUGAUUGGUUCAUUUAUUAGGAGUAUGUCCCAUUAGAAUUAGCAUUAAUACAUGCACCUUGUAAAGUUUUUGUGGAAUGUUUUUGUGAAACCUAAUAAAAUAGUUGCCCAAAUGAAAUGCAAUUAAAAGCUGAAGUUGAUUACCACAUAUGCUUAAAAUGAAAAGCUAUUGUUUUUCUAUUGAAUAAAUCAGUGCUAU